CCCGUUUUGGUUAUCUGGGUACCGGUAUGUCACUAUCAAAACAAACAAUUUAAACCGAUCCAGACAUUAAAAUACGUUGCCAGUUGUUUCUUCCGAUCCCAGCCAAAUCCUUUACCAUAUAUAUUACCAUAUUACUACAAUACAGACAAUGUUCUAGGUUAGGUGUAACAGUUAAUUCCAUUCAAGAUGAAUAGGUACAUUCAUCCUGUGUUAGAAGAUCUGCUUUCCUUUGGAUGUGGUGAUCAACGCAUACCACCAGCUGCAUUUGCUGUGUUCAUGGACUUGUCGGAAGUAAAGGCGGUAUGGGAUCUUCAAUAUCAGUUCUGCAAGGCACUAGACAUAAUCUAUUUAAUUGGAAGAGAAAAUGAAAGUGAUGUCGAGACAAACAUUUAUUUACCUUUGCCAGCAUCAUAUACUGUAUCACCUGCUUGGCUUGAAAAAGUUCAAAACAGUCUUUCCACAAAGAAUCGAGGACUGAUUUUGGCCUUUAAAGAUGCCGAUUCCACAGUAGUUUACUAUCAAAUAACAGAGGGAUUGGUUACUCCUGAUUCUCUUGAGAUAGUGCAAGAAAGGAAAGCUUCAGAAGAGAGACGAAGAUUAUUGCAGACUGAGUUAUGGCGUAAAAGAAAUCAGUUGUAUGAAAUGGCUAAACAAAAUUCAAAUUCCAAUAAUGAUAAUGAGCAUAAUGCCUAGUUCUAGACAAUCUCAGAGUAAUCUUUUAUGUUACAUAUACUGUGUACUUAAAUCCGUAAAAUAAAAUAACCUUAAGCAGAA